AUGAAAAAAUCUUCUUUACGAGAUUAUGCGCAAUCCCUUCACAAUAGAGUAUCUUCCGAUGACGAAGAAAGUCGUAUCGAAACAUACGGUGAAUUUAUUGUUAGUCCGGAGGAUGAUAGUGGAGAAGUAAGAGGUUCAACCAGAGAUACAAGAAGAUUGGCAAUGGAACUUGAUCGUCAAGCUCUAGAGGCAGAAAAUCUUGAUUCUGAAGAGUUAGCUUUAAAGAUGAUUCAACGCUAUGGACGUCGUCGUGAUCAAAUUAGUCAAAUAAAGUCUACUAUACCUACGCAAUUCACUGCAGGAGUAAAUCAACCAAACUUAUUCGUUGUUCGUUAUGCACUAAAAGGAUGUGUGUAUGUUGAAGCCUGGAAAUUAGCACACCUACAAAAGGCUGUUCAAAACAUGAAUAAUUUAUUUAAUUCUGCAAUAAAACUUGUACCAUUAGAAGAAAGAUCUCAAGUUUUAACUAGAAAAAGGAAAGAAAAGGGACCUAAAGAAGGAUCAUGGGCUAGAGUCAGAAAAGGAAAAUAUGCUGGAGAUAUUGUUCAGAUUGCUUGGAUAUGGGAUGCUAAUCCCACCAUGGAUGAAAUUAAAGAAUUUCUUUUGGCGGCAGACUCACAUACUAGAAAUUUUGAUGGACCAGCUACCUUACCAACAAAAGCUGUUUUCUUUCCUGAUUCAAACGAUCGUGGUAUUUAA